AUGGUGAACACUUCCUACGAUGACGAGGAUUUCAUCCCAGGGACCGUGAAUAUAUUCGAUUCAAAAUAUGAUGAUGAAGACAGUUUUAAUGGCCAACACGAAGUGAAAAGAGGGAAGAGGGGUGUUAUUCUACUCCCUCAGCCUUCUGAUUCUCCAAAUGACCCCCUUAACUGGUCUUUUCUCAGAAAGUCAUGGCACUUGGUAUUAGUCUGCUUUAUCACCGCACUUACCGGUGCUAUUUCUAUGGAUGCCGCUUCGGCUGAAUAUGCAGUGAAUGAAUUAUAUGGGAUUUCAUACAAGUCCUUUAACACUGGUGCUGGGAUCUUGUAUCUUUUCAUUGGCUGGUCCUGCAUUUUCUUUGCACCUGCUUCGUCCUUAUAUGGUAGACGUAUCACCUACAUAAUCUGCUUAUUAGCUGGUUGCUUAGGAAGUCUAUGGUUUGGACUUACCAAGAAAACGUCGGAUUCUGUUUGUUCCCAAAUCUUCGUUGGUAUGAGUAUGCUGUGUGCCGAAGCUCAGGUCCAACAGAGUAUCAGUGAUGUUUUCUUCCAGCAUCAACUCGGAGAAGUAUUGACUUUCUAUAUCUUAGCCAUUUCGAUUGGAACUUUCUUGGGGCCCUUAGUUGCCAACUACAUCGGUGAAGGUCUAACUUUCAGAUGGAUCGGUUUUUGGGCAGCUAUCAUCUGUGGGGCUACUCUAAUUGUUGUAAUUUUCAGCUGUGAAGAAACAGUAUUUGACAGAACGAAGUUCAUACCAAUAAUCGAAGCUACUGCUUCUGAUCUGUUAUCAGAUGCCAAUCAACAAAAAGACCGCACAGUUGAUAAGGACCCUCCAGAACUUUCUCCUGAAAACAAAAGACUGUGCAUCACUAAGGAAGUAGAUGUUAAUACAGUCAGCUCUCCUAAGUUGAUUGCAAUGACUUCUGCAAAUCCUGAAACCGCAGCACAAGAAUUGGGUCACACUGUUACAGAGGACAAAUGGUCUUACUGGAAGCGUGUAGCAAUAAUUACUCCCUCUUCAUACCUUAAAGGUACUGGGUUCAAACAGUAUAUUUAUAGAUUCGUGAUAUAUUUCAAGGUCUUCACUAUUCCAGCAGUUUGGUUCAGUGGAAUACUUUGGGGGUUACAGGAUACAUACUUGUCAUUUUUCCUAACCACUCAAUAUGACUAUUUCUCCGAAGACCCAUGGCUCUACACUGAAAACGGAGUGGCAAUUAUGAAUGUACCCACUUUGAUCGGUGCGGUUAUCGGUAGUAUAAUGUCAGGAUUCAUCUCAGAUUAUCACAUUCUUUGGUUGGCAAAGCGAAAUAACAGCAUAUACGAACCUGAGAUGAGACUAUGGCUCUUGUCGAUUUCUUGGAUUCUCUCACCUUUAGGUUUGAUUAUGUUUGGCGUAGGAGCAGCACGACAGUGGCCAUGGCAAGUAAUCUACGUCGGGUUAGGAUUCAUUGGCUUCGGCUGGGGCUCCAUCGGAAAUUCAUCUAUGUCUUAUCUUAUGGAUUCAUAUCCCGAGAUCGUUAUCCAAGGAAUGGUGGGUGUUUCCAUCAUUAACAAUACCUUUGCAUGUAUCUUCACUUUCACCUGCAGUCAAUGGCUCGCUGCAUCAGGAACUCAAAACACUUUCAUUGCAUUAUCAGUGAUAGAUUUUGUUACUAUUGGCAUGGCAUUCCCAAUGUUCUACUAUGGUAAGAUUUGCCGUAGGAUGACCAAAGGUUUAUACCUAAAUUUAGUGGAGUUAUCACAAGGUAACUGA